AUGUGCAUGUACACAAUCCAGUCACCUUUCCUAGCCGGGCUCGGCAUUGGCAUCACAUAUCCGGCAUUGCCGCCCCACGGGAAAUGGUACGACCCGAAAAUCGGCAGUCCCCACCCGAAAUCCACCUUUGAAACAGGAAAUCUUAGCCCCGAUGACACGACAAAAGCAGGCCCCUCUUCACUCCCACUGCAGUAUAUCUUGGCCAAGGCUGGCACCGGUCUAUGA